AUGGUUCUCUCAAAAACAGCCUCCGAGUCCGAUGUCUCCGUCCACUCAACCUUUGCUUCUCGCUAUGUCAGAACUUCACUUCCCAGAUUCAGGAUGCCGGAGGAAUCGAUACCAAAGGAUGCAGCAUAUCAGAUCAUAAACGAUGAACUGAUGCUGGAUGGAAAUCCUAGAUUGAAUCUGGCAUCGUUUGUGACAACAUGGAUGGAGCCAGAGUGUGAUAAACUCAUCAUGGCUUCCAUCAACAAGAACUACGUUGACAUGGAUGAAUACCCUGUCACCACUGAACUACAGAAUCGGUGUGUUAACAUGAUAGCUCAUCUUUUCAAUGCACCUCUUGAAGAAACUGAAGCUGCAGUUGGUGUUGGAACUGUUGGUUCAUCAGAAGCUAUAAUGUUAGCAGGAUUAGCAUUCAAAAGAAAAUGGCAGAACAAAAGAAAACUAGAGGGAAAGCCUUUUGACAAACCCAACAUUGUCACUGGAGCCAAUGUCCAGGUUUGUUGGGAGAAAUUCGCAAGGUACUUCGAGGUGGAGUUGAAAGAGGUGAAACUAAGUGAAGGAUACUAUGUAAUGGACCCUGAAAAGGCUGUGGAAUUGGUUGAUGAGAAUACUAUUUGUGUUGCAGCUAUUCUUGGUUCAACAUUGAAUGGCGAGUUCGAAGAUGUUAAACGCUUAAACGAUCUCCUUGUUGAAAAAAAUAAGGAAACCGGAUGGGACACUCCUAUUCAUGUUGAUGCAGCAAGUGGUGGAUUCAUUGCUCCAUUUAUAUAUCCAGAGCUCGAGUGGGAUUUUCGUUUGCCGCUAGUGAAGAGCAUCAACGUUAGUGGACACAAAUAUGGUCUUGUAUAUGCCGGAAUCGGUUGGGCUAUUUGGAGAAGCAAGGAUGAUUUGCCAGAGGAACUCAUCUUUCACAUCAACUAUCUAGGAGCUGAUCAGCCUACAUUUACCCUCAACUUCUCCAAAGGUUCUAGCCAAGUCAUUGCGCAAUACUAUCAAAUGAUUCGCCUUGGUUUCGAGGGGUAUAAAAAUGUGAUGGAAAAUUGUAGAGACAACAUGAUAGUACUAAAAGAGGGACUCGAGAAAAUGGGGCGCUUCAACAUCGUGUCGAAAGACGACGGUGUCCCAUUAGUGGCCUUCACAUUGAAGGACCAUACAAGCUUUGAUGAAUUCCAAAUCUCCGACUUGUUGAGGCGUUUUGGAUGGAUUGUUCCGGCAUACAGCAUGCCUCCGGACGCUCAACACAUAACUGUUUUGCGCGUUGUCAUAAGGGAGGAUUUCUCGAGGACUUUAGCAGAGCGGCUUGUGGCUGAUAUCGAGAAAGUGUUGCACGAGCUCGAUGCACUUGCAGCGAGGAUAAAGAUGAUAAGUAGAAGUAGCAAUGUUACGGUUCUUGAAGUUGUGAAGAAUAAUGGUGAAGUUGUGACGGCUAAAAAGAGUGAUUUGGAGACUCAAAGAGAAAUAACUGCGGUUUGGAAGAAGUUUGUGUUGGAAAGGAAGAAGUUGAAUGAUAAGAUGAAUGGUGUUUGCUAG